AAAAAAAGUGUUUUUACAUAAACUAAUUGGCAACGUCGCAAUAUAGUGCCAACCUCUAACAAAAUCCUAACCUAAUUCUUUCUUCAUAAACAAGAAGAACGCAGGUUUGACAUUCUUCUUGGACCUAAAAACAACAAAAUGCCACGAGAAUUAACGGAAAUUAAAGACUUCCUUCUAACAGCCAGAAGGAAAGAUGCUAAAUCUGUAAAAAUAAAGAAGAACCCAUUGAACACCAAAUUCAAGGUUCGUUGCUCGAGGUUUUUGUACACUUUGGUGAUCACCGACAAGGAAAAGGCUGAAAAAUUGAAGCAAUCUCUUCCUCCAGGCCUUCAAGUCAAAGAAGUUAAAUAGAACAUUGAAAUGUGUUUUGUAACUUAAAAUAAAGGUAUUUUUAAGGAAUUAACUGUUGUUUUUUCUCCUGUAAAUGCUUAUUGCUUAUAAACA